AUGGCCCACAUUCUCGCAACACCUCGCACUGAUGCAGGCGACGUGACGCGCCUCACAGUGGGCGACCUCUCCUUCAGCCGAGAAGAGUCCUUUCAAGCCCCAGCCGAACGCGACCAGCUAUUUCAGAAAAUGGGUGGCGCACGUACACCACGGAAUAAUCUCGCACGCCGCAACCUCAGCGCGAAGAACGAAUUCACGCCCAUGCUGAAGAGCGCGACUGCAAAUCGGACACGCCAGGUCAAUGGAUUGAUGAACGGCAACCUCACCACGCCCGCUGCGAUGAAGCCUGGAUUUCAGAUUAGCAACACACCACUGCCCGAGGCAAGCACGUUCGACAUCCAAUCAAGCUCUUUUGCCGAUUCAGUGGAUGGCCGCACGCCGGUGCCAGACAAUAGCUCAAGUGACAUGAGCACACCCAUGGCCUUGCCGCGACGGGCAGCAGGUGAACUCGACAAUGGAAACGGCAAUGUGCUUACGUUGCGCGAACAAGAAGCUCGCCUCGAGCAAAUCGACAAAGAGAAUUUUGGCCUCAAGCUGAAGAUCCACUUUCUCGAGGAGAACCUUAAGAAGAUGGGCCCCGAGUUCAACAUCAAGGCGCUGGAAGAGAACAUCAAUCUCAAGUCAGAGAAAGUCACCAUGUCGCGCGAUAUGAAGCAGUAUAUGAAGGACCUCAAGAACGCCGAAAAGGAACUGGAUUCAUACAAGCAGCAACUACGUGAAUAUGCCGAGAAGGUCAAGCGGCGGCACGUAGACGAGGGAUUGCGCGAGGAAAUGGACGAGCUCCGCAAACUAGCAGAUGAACGUGCGGCUGAGAUUGACAAGCUGGAAGAUAAAGUCGAGGAAGCCAGGAAUGCUGAGGCUGAGUUGGAAAAGGUUAGUGCGGAGCUGGAAGAAGCGCAAGCAGAAGUCUCGAAACGCGAUCGGUUGCUGGACGAACAUGACGACCGUAUUGAAGAGCUCGAGAAGGAGUUGGAAGCACAGUCAUCUCGAUCGGCUGGCCUUGAAGAAAAGGAACGUGAGAUAGCUGAUCAGGCUGAGCGCAUCGCUGAACUCGACGCACAAUUGCAAUCACUUCGACAAGCUCAGCGAAAUGACUUGGCAGACAAGGAGCGCUUGCUGGCAGAGCAGAACGAUAAGAUCAAGGACCUGGAAGAUCAGCUACGCUCGCUCCAACGCUCCAAGGAAGCCAAGAUCAAUAAAUUACAAGAUCGAAUCGAGGCAGCCGACAACGAAAAGGACCAAGAGAUCCGAGAGCUGGAGCUGAAGCUUGAAGAGGCAGAGCGGGAGCUCGAUGCUGCCAAUGAUGAGAAGCGACAAGAACUUGGUAGAGUAGAGGAACGCUUGCGCUCCCUGGAGCGUGAGAAGGAUGCCGACAUCAAGGAGCUACAACGACGUCUACAAUCUGUGCAACAUGAAAAGCAGGCCGAAUUGGAAGCGGUACGCGAACGUGUGGAGCUGGCAGAGUCACAGGGCGAUAACCAGGUUCAGCUCGCUCAACAAUCUGCCAAUGAUGCUCGACAAAAAGUACUCGACAUCACCCGUGAGAAAGGCGUAGAGUUGGAAUUACUGCAAGCCAGAGUCGACGCGGCAGAAACCAGGGCGGACGAGCUCGAGGACUACCGCAGACAAUUCCAGGACGCCAUGCAGCAGAUCACACGCCUGCAACGUGACGCGUCCAAUUACGAGCAACAGCUCCAGCAACUUCGGAGAGAUCUCAGCCAGAAAGACCGCGAGCUCGAAGACCUGGACAGGCUGCGGCGAGAGCGUGACGAUGCGACCCAGGAGAUUACCGGUCUACGUUCUACACUCACAAGCAAAGACGCCCAGGUACUCGCGCUGAAUAAAGCUAUGCGCGAACGCGACGCGCUUACCCGCGAGCUUGCCGACCUCCGUCGCGACCGCGAUAAUCUUGUCUCCAAGAUUGCGAACAAAGACGAGCAGGUCGAAGUACUGCGUAGAGGCAACAAUGACCGCGAUACCCUUGUUGCCACCCUACGGCAAGAACGCAACGAGAUCGAAAUUGAGAUGCGCAACUUGCGGUCAGCGGUGUCUGGGAAAGACACGCAGAUUGAGGCUCUACAGAAAGUCACGCGUGAACGAGACGCGCUGUCAAGAGAUCUGUCCAACUUGCAGUCGUCGCUACAAAGCCGCGAGCGCGAUGUACAAAGCCUGCAGAAGAAGAUCGAAAGUCAAGAGGCGACUCUUCAAGAGCUUAAGCAGCUCAAGAAUGACCUUGGUAAUCGGACCCGUGAGCUGGAGACUGCGCGACAAACAAUUUCUGACCGGGAUGCUGAGCUUGAAGCCCUUCGAGAUCACGCCGAUGAACCAGACACACAAAUUGAUGUGAUGCACAGUUUGGUCCGCAAACGUGACGAUGAUUUGGAAAAUCUGCGUGAGGAACUCAAUGCGCAACGAGGCCAAGUCGAAGAACUCCAACGGUUGGCAGAAGAGCGUCUAGAAGCCCUCGAAGAGCUGCGUGACGAAGCCCGCCGCGAAAAAGAAGAUUACGAAGCAGAGAUUGAGGUCCUACAGGAAGACGCAGACGAGGUCGCUGAAGAAAAGGCCUCACUCGAGGAGAAAAUCAUAUUGCUGGAAUCCAUGAUUCGUGAGAAGGAAAACCAGGCCGGCGCGCUUCAGUCCGAGUCUCGCGCGGCCCAACGCGAACAAAAGGCAGCCUUAGAGGAGAAGAUUCGUGGCCUUGAAUCGAAACUCCGCGAGAAAGACUCCCAACAGCGUAAGCUUCUCUCCGAGGCCAAGGCGACAGCCCGCGAGCAGAAGCUCACUUUGGAGAACGAGCUCCGUGAUCUGCAGUCUCGCCUUCGGGAAAAGGAAUCACAACUUCGACUCACGCAGGCCUCCGCGAAGGCUAUUCAGCACAAGGCUGAUCAGGACGCCAUUGACUUGGAUGAGCAAGCUGGUGCAUUGACGAAGCGACACGUCAAGGAGAUAAACGGUCUCGCAAAGCAGAUUCAAUUCCUCCGCGCACGAUGUUCGCGUGCCGAGGCCUUCCGCGAAGCCCUUGGAUACCAGAAGCGGUUCUUCCUGAUGCAGAUCCAAGUUUACAGCGAAUGCAACCAGGAAGAUCUCAACCUCAUCUCGCAAAUGGGUAUCACACCCGACAUUACUGUGCACGAGCGUCGUCCUACACUUAAAUCCGCCGCAUUGGCUGUUGUGGCAGCCAUCAGGAUGCAGAAACUGGCAGAGGGCUGGGCGCAGAAUCGCAAGAUUCAUGAGCAGUUGAAGACGAAGCUUGAGUCUAUGAGACGAGCAGGCAAGGGCAGGGGGGCAUGGGAGAGAUUGCGGAUCGGUACGCUGCCAAAUUGCAAGCGUCUUCAUUAUUCUACCGAAGCCUUGAGCACAGCUGGAAACUAUGCCGUGCUGUUUGGUCACGUCCUGAACAUGGCUUCCGAAGCACACACAUUAUAG